AUGUUCUUAUCUACAACAACCGUGCAGAGGAUAUUCGUUUUAUUUUUAAAUCUGCCAAUAAUCUCAACAUUCAGUCUACUUGAUAGAGUACAUGGAAAAGAUGUGCGAACUAGUAUACCCGAUUUUAGAACUUCGGAUGCAGAUGUUGGAAUGAGAUCGGCACAUUUCAUUGGUUCCUUCCGAGGACAACCAAUUAAAACAAGGCAACAUCAUGCGUUUAUAGACGAUAAUGGCGUUCCCAUUCCACUGCUUCCAUAUCAUGAACAUUUCUCUACAGGAUCCGCUGAAUCACUUUCUUCUCCUCUUCAGAAUAAACAUAAGGCGCUGAUGCGUGAGCGUAAAAUCUUCAAAUGGGCCAAGGAAAUCGGAGGAAUCGCCAAAAAACGAAGAAGGAGAAGUGGAUGGAGUAGUGGAAGAACAUAG